GUGCGUGAGAGAAAGAGGAAGAGAAGGAGUGUGAGGGAGAGAGAGAGAGAGAGAGAGAGUGAGAACGAGUGCCAGAGAAGCUAUUAAGCACGGCGGUCCGUCUCCGGUCUAGUGCAAAGCGCACCGUGUAUUCUCAGCGGGCGGCAGGUGUAUCUCUCCGCUGCUGCUGUGUCUUUCAUUGUCUUUCCUCUUCUCUUUUUUUCUUUCACUGCCAAUCGUGGGAAUGUUGCUUAGCGUUAUUUUUAAUUAGCAUGAGUUAGUUGGAGCUUGAAAAUGGGCCCAGAAACAUUCGUUUUCCUUCUUUCCACAUGCGCACAGCUUGUUAAAGUGGAAUAAAUUCACAGUAAUGUGAACACCACCCCCCACCACCCCCCUUCUUCUCGUCUCCCCUCAUUAACACUUAAACAUCGCCACCAUCUCCGUCUACUCCUCUGUUUGGCUCUAUCACCGCCCACUCUCUCCUUACUCCCACCUCCCUCAAUCAGUUGUCGGUAUAGUAUGACACAACCAGAUCGAUGAAUACCCAUGGAGCAACGCGUGACACUCCAGAGCUCCUCUGCCCUCCUGAGGAUUCAGUGAGACAGGCGGAUCUGUGUGCCCGAACAUGGCCUUCCCAUCAGCCCCCUUUGCAUUAUGGAGUGUCAGCUUAUUGACAGUACUCUUCACAGCUGCAGUUCACAGCAAUACUAGCUUUGAAGACGACCCCUUGCAGCCAAUGACCUCCGAUGAGACGGUGCCCGUGGGGGGUACGGUGACAUUGACCUGCCGGGUGGCAGAGAGCGACAAUUCCUCACUGCAGUGGUCCAACACUGCACAGCAGACCCUGUACUUUGGAGAGAAGAGAGCGCUGAGAGACAACCGCAUCCAGCUGCAUCGCUCGACAUCCACCGAGCUUUCCAUCACCAUCUCGGAGGUGCAGCUGUCUGACGAGGGAGAGUACACCUGCUCCAUCUUCACCAUGCCAGUCCGCACCGCCCGCGCCACCGUCACAGUGCUAGGUGUGCCUGGCAAGCCUCAGAUCUCAGGCUUUGAGCAUGCAGUGAAGGAGGGGGAAAAAGUCACCCUGACCUGCACCAGCACUGGCAGCAAACCCCCCGCCACGUUGCACUGGUACAAAGGAGACCAGCUGCUGAAAGGCCGUCCACAGGUGGUGGAGACUGUUGAUGGCAACCCCACGUACAACGUGAGCAGCGAGCUCACCCUGGAGGUGAGCGCCAGCGAUGACAACACGCUCAUCACCUGCGCCGUCAACCACCCCUCUCUUACUCUGGGGGACAAGAGGAGCGAGCAGGCUCUGCGGGUGUUGUAUUCCCCGAACGUGGUGAUACACCCUGAGAGCACUCUGCCUAGAGAGGGGGAGAAGUUUUCUCUUCGGUGUGUCGGCAACGGCAACCCUGAGCCCACUAUCUACACGUGGGACAAGAAAGAUGGAGGGCUCCCCUUACAGGCCAAACCUGAUGGUGCUGUCCUGCAUUUCUUGAUGCUCAACAAAUCAGAUAAUGGCGUCUACGUGUGCCACGCUGACAACGGCAUUGGAAGCAGCGAGGGGGAGUACACACUCUUGGUGCAAGACUCCUCUUCCCCCCUCUCCACUUCAUCCCCAACUCCUCCUUUCACCAGCCCUUCAAGCAUCACUCCUGUCACUGCCACUCCCGCCUACUCAUCCCCUGCCUCCUCCCUUACGCCCCCAGUUUCAGUCCAGCUGAAUGGAGUUAACACUUUCACAGAUGAAGCACGCAACAUUACAGACCCCACAGCCAUGUCGACGACUUCGGGGGUGGACCACGCCGUGAUCGGAGGGGUAGUGGCUGUCAUCGUCUUUAUCUUGCUUUGCCUCCUCAUCGUCCUUGGCAGAUACCUCAUCAGACACAAAGGAACGUAUCUGACCCACGAGGCCAAGGGCUCAGAUGAUGCCCCGGAUGCCGACACAGCCAUCAUCAACGCAGAAGGAGGUCACUCCGGAGCAGAGGACAAGAAAGAGUACUUUAUCUAGAUAGAGAACAGAGUGGUGGAGGAAAGAAGCGGGAGGAGGCGGAGAAAAAGUUGGAGGACGCGGAUUGGAGGAGAGGGGAAGAGUGAAGGAAAGGAAACCUCGAUUUUUUUUCACGAUGCUUCAGUUCUUCACUCUGUUGGAGGGAUGAUGGGAUGGGAAUGGAGGGAAAGGACUCUGGGCUGAGUUGAGCUUCAACUGGUACUACCCUCUUUGCAUUGAUACAGGGAAGUGAGAUUUUGCACUGACAUACGGAUGAACUAAUGUUACACUCAAACACACACACGAACAUGCAACAUACUUGUGUCAGUUAAAGGGUAAAUCUGUUUUCACACAGAUGUGAAUGCUCAUAGAUGCUCAGAAUAACAAACGGGAGCCUCCUACUAACACGCAUCCGAAUUCUGACACAUUAACACAAUGUCACACAAGCAUCGUAUCCUAUUUUGAACUGUCAGCGCCGUGAAAAAUCAAAAUUGUAAGUCACAUUCCAACAUGUCGAGCUGAUAUUCCACUUCUCAAACCUGUCUUCUCAACAUUUAAUCCAAACCAGGUCUGUCUUUUCACUUUUUUUUUCUCCUCAUUCUCUACAUCUAACAAGGCAGAAUCCCUCUAUAAGCCUCCUCGUGACAGAGAAAUCCAUCUAAAGAAAAUUAUUACUGACAAACAUAAUCUCCCUCUCUCACGGUUUAAUCUUUUUAUGCCAUCAAACCUCUUCCUACGUCCUUGCAAACCCUGGUAUGAGCCAUUGAGUUUUCCACAAUGCACCGCCACAAAAACAUGCAACACCCAUGCAAAAACAGCAUUCCCACCUUGUGCUGCAAAGCCGAGGGGCUCCAGUAUACAUAUAUAAAUAUAUAUAUAUAUAUAGAAUUAUAUAGCAUUCUUUUUACUUGACAGAAAAUGUUUGGUGUGCUGUAAAUACACUCUCUCUGUCCUGUUUCUGCCUUCUGUCUCUCCUUCUAUCCCCCUUCUCUUUCUCUCUCCAUCCCUCUCUCCUGUAACUCAUACAGUCUGUUACUGCAUUACAGUAACUUAUAUACUCAAAAAAAAGCCUGCCUGUUUUUAUUACAUGCGUGGAAAUGCAGAGUCGAAAUAUCAAUAUCUGGGUAAAAAAUAGAAACAUAACAACAAUGAUGUUGCGAUGAAGACUAACAUUAACUGCAAAUAUUUGUCUAUUCUGAUUUUCUUUGAUCUUUUCUUCUUUUUUUAUUUGAUCUUUUGGGGACUCGUGAGGGAUUUUCUCUCGUCAGUGUCUCGGUAUGUUACUGUCAGUGUUAACGUUUUACAGUGUUUGUCAGUUUGUCAGCCCAGGAGUCCAUGAAUCUAAUUUCCAACUUGUGUUUUGAUUUUGAUGUUCAGGUUUUCAACACUGUUUAUGCACUUAGUUCCUUUUUCGCCACAUGAUGGGAGUUUCUCCCUGCUUUGUCGGCCCUCUGCUCCUAAAUGCUAAUCAGCAGCACACCUUUGGUCAAGAGCUUUGAAAGGCGACAAGUUGGUGGUGGAGUUUAUCUUAAAUACUGCUGCCCAGUGUUUGUACUUGUGGACCACUGUGGCUUUCCUUCCAGCUGGCCCCGCUGAUCCCACGGUUCACCUUCGCCGUUUUUCUCUCUGCAGCAGACUGCUUGUCUUGGCGAGGCCACCUGGCACUAAAUUCAUUGAGUAGUGACAUCAUGACUUCCUCUAAGAGGUUGGCACAUUUGCUGCUUUCAGAGGUGAAAAUGCUUGCUUGCUUUUCACUACAGGGCCAAAUAGGACUGGCUACAUGCAUUAUGACAAACUUCCUGGCAAAAAACCUUUCUGUUACUGUUUUUUUUUUUCUUCUUUUUUUGUGUGUGUAUGUGUAUUAUUGCAAGCAGGAAUCAUUAACCAGCUUAGCAAAAGGUUCCCAUAAAUGCACAGUGUUUUAUUAAGGUUGGAAGUUCGCUUAGCACUGAAAGCUCCACUUGGCCCGGUCAUUGAAAUUGAUUGCAAUCUAACUAAGAGGCUCUGGGCUCUAGACUGUACACAUGCCAAGCUUUGGUUUGGUGGGCAGGGUGCCGAGUCUGGGCGGCGCUAACACUGAAGAAAGUCAUUUAGUAACUUAAAUGUCCUCUUCUCUUUUUUUCCCCUCUGCUCUGCCCGUCCAUUCCUUGCAUUCUUUAAUCAAUCAUCCCGUCUGCGUCCUGAUCCACCUUCACCCCAUGUCCCCUCCUCUCAUCACUCGUCUCCCCCACUCCAUCUCUGAUUGAUGUCUGAUUCUCCUUCCUGGUCUCACAUCCACGAGUUCACAUAGACGUACAGUAGAAGUAGCGUCUAUAGCUUUGCUGGCGUGUGCUGAUGGCUCUUCGAAGCACUGUUUGGGAGUGUUUGGAGAGGAAUCCACUUGCUGUUGUUGUCAGUCUACCUGUAGACAGUUAUGUCUUUGAUAGUUUUUGUACACAUUUUAUGGGAAUGUUCAGGGAAUGUGAUUUUGCAUUCCUUUCCCCGUGUUGUUGUUAACCGCUACCUAGCUUUCUUCUUUGUGAGCAAGUAGUAUGUCUAUAAGCUAGCUAUUCUACAAAGGGUAAUGUGACCUGAAGCAGGGUCAGCUGUUGUUCUUUUUUUCUGCCAAGAGCUCUUGGUGAGACUAUUUAGUGACUGGUGAUGUUGUAGUGAACCCGGGUUAAACAGUGCUUGGAUUCUGUGUGUUUGAGCUCGCACUGUUUAUCUGAUGUUUGCUCUACAACACUCUUCUGCUAUCAUAUCACUGCUAUCAUGCCUGCAGAUCAGAGGAUUGGCUCUGUCUCACAGAGAUUGUUGUCCACUUUGAAGAUGUUACCAUUGAUUUGUAUUUAACCUCAGUCUAGUUCUGCUCUGUGAAUGGAGAAAGGAAUAUCUGACUCAUACUCACCAAAGUGUAGUGUCUUUUAAAAACUAAUGGGCCUGUAUUUGCCUGUAAUUUAUUGUCCUGUCCUUUGUCUUAGUUAGUGUGCUAGCAUGUAGCUUGCAUGAGAAAUGGUUGGAAAGUGUAGAUAGUGUUGCAGAUGAGCAGCGAUGACAAGUUCGUCUCCUGAGACGAGAAGCGGCGGCCUGACCGGCUGACCUCCCUGCUUUUCUCUGAUCUGCAAACAUGUCCCAGUGAAAUCCGUCUGCACCUCCUCAACACAGCAGAAAAGCAGCGAAGCAACUGGCAAAGCAGGACUCGUUCUGCCCUUAUCAAAACCACGUAGGGGUAUAGUGUUGGACUGAGAUGUGCACUCACGUCUAAUUGUAUUUCAGUGCAUCAGUGCAGUAAUGAUUGACUGUCACCAGAUGCCAGCAAACAACAGCUUUUCUUCUCCCUCUUCAGUCGGUGCGAGCUGUCCUGCCCUUCCACUCGACGCGCCGCCUCCUCUUCAGGCAGCCGCACACUAGCUGCCGCCCAUCUCUUUUCAUUUUGUAGAAUAAGCCAAUUAAUUUUUAAAUUAUGUUUCGUUAAAGGUGUGCAUAAUCUCAUUGUUUUCAUUUCAAUUGAUAUCUUUUUUUUCUUUCCUUGAAAUUAGAUGUUCCAAAACUUGAAGGUUAGACAUUUAGUUUUUUGCAUAUUUUAUUGUUUCAACAACGAUUUUUAAUUAAUUUCAUGUAUAUAGUGUUGCUUUUUACCUGAUACUCUUACGAGCGCACCCCAUACAUACUUUGCACAUACACUUUGGAUACAAACACAUCCACACAUAUAUUUGGAUAUGCACAGCAGGCUUGAUGUCUGUUACUAUGGUGUAUUUGUACAUAUGUGUGUGUGUGUGUGUUUGUGUUUGUGUAUGAGUGUGAAGCGUGUAAUAAUUGACCCAGACAAACUUCAGAUUCACUCUCAUGUGUGUUGCAUUCACAAAAAUGUUCUUAUUUCAGUAACUCAGACAAUGUCUUUGUUCUUAUCAUUAUUAUUUUGAAUGACAAGUCUUCCUUUUGAAUAAAUAUCCAUAUCACAUGGGAGUAGUGCUGUCAUGUAUGUUAAUUUGUACUAUGGCUGAUGAUGUCAUCAAGGUGAGGCCCAACCGCAUGCAGUGGUGGGUUUUGCAUCUGUUGGCUGUUACGUUCAUAAAGUAUUUGUUUUUUGGGGUUAUUUUUGUUAAAAUAACAGUUCAGUUGUUGACUUCAAUAAAUAAUGCAUUUGGGUUAA